AUGAUCGAGGUGCUAAUUACAUUGGUACCCUCUGUCCUCUGGAUAUUAUAUCGAUGCUUAAAAGUUUUACGUACUCCUGCAGUGGUUUUGACAGAGCAGCUUCAUAUUGACAUUCCGCAUGCACCGACAAUUUGCAUUGACUCGAUAGCUGAAACAUCAGCAAUUAUUCACUGGGAUAUAGAAACUAAAGAUGAUGAGUUCUUGUCAUAUGCUUUGUCUAUCAAUAAUGCAAUAGCCUUUGCAGUCGCCACCACGUCCUCAACUUCUUGUAAGUUAAAUAACUUGGAAAAAGAUACGCUUUAUCAGAUCAGCGUGAUAGCAAUAAACUCGCUCAAUAAGUUUCGAUCACAAUCUCUUCCCGUUUAUUUGGAGUUACCCAGCAAAAUUGAUGAAAUCUUGAAUGAGGAAAAAAUUGACUUCAUGAAAGAUUUGAUGCCGCCAGAGACUGAAAGAGGUGCAUUCCAAGAUACAAACUUAGGUAUUAGUGUUGCAGAAAUUCUGAGUAUAGAGAGCUUUGAAGUAUUAAAUGAUCUUUUAAAGAAGAGUCAGAAUGAGUUACAAAGAGUUUCAUCUGAAUAUAUUGCCUACGAGACCAACGUCAGGAAAGAGGCAGAAUUACUUCAAUCACAGCUACAAGAAUAUAAAAAUGAGUUUGAAAAAGAAGCAGAGUGCAAGGUGAAGAAGGACAAUAAUAUAAAGGACUUAGAGAAACAAAAAGACAAAUUAACAUUCCAAAAACUUAAAUUAACAGGAAGCAUGAAAUCAAUAGAAAGCUCGAUCGAUUUGUUUGAUACUAAAUUGGCAGAAUAUCAAUCAAAAAUUAAAAAGUUGACUGAUAAGAAUUGCUAUUUAUUAAAUAAUGAGGGAAAUGAAAAAAUUAAAAUAAAGCAUGAGAUAGACGAAGUUUCUGAGAAGAUCAGAAACAUUAAAUUAGAAAACGUCAAACUUGAAGAAUCAUUGAAAGAAGCAGGUCUCGAAAGAAGAAGAUUAAUAUCUGUCAUUGAAGCAAUAAGGCCUUUGGCUGAAAGCUUCAACAGUGAAACGACAUUCAACAAAGAUGGAUCAAUUAACCCAAAAAGCAUGGAACUAUUAUAUAAAAUUAUCGAAAAAGCACCUGAGUGGCAAAAUGAAAUCGUUAAUGAAUUAGAGAAUCAUCAGGAUUUUGAGAGCAACUGGAGAAAUGCUUUCAAAUUCGAAAUCCGCAAGUACUUAUCAAUUCAGCAUUCGCUAGAAGUAGCUAAACUAAACAAAGAUAAAAACUAUCAGCCAGCAAAAAUGACAGAGCAUCAGGCCAGUAUAGAGUUUGGUGGAUUUAGUAAUGCACUCCCAAAACCAAAGUUCAGAAGACGUGGAAAUUCAUCCGCUACUCCUCCACCUGGUGCAGAAGAUUUUGCAGCGAACGGAUCAUGGCUGAACCUCUACGAAGAUGUGUAUGCACCACAGGCUGAAGACACCCAUGUGUUUCAGGGAGCAGUAGAUCCGGUUCUUUCUCAAAACUUUGGAUUCGACGCUUCCAAUACACAGAACUUUAAUGUUGAUACCAACAGUUUGAAUUCCAAUAACAGUUUUAUUUUACGAAGUCAGAUGACUCCACAGUCGAAUAAUAGAUCGGUCUCCCAAUCGGUGCAGUCUAUUCCUAUAUUCAACGAAGUGAUGAUAAGUUCUCCAGCUUCGGAACAUUCAGUCCUUAAUAGCCAACUGCAAAUAUUCAACGACUUCAACCGGCAGUCCCCUUUGGCUCCAGCCCCAAAUUUAUGGAACCCUAGCGUGGGCUUUCAGAGUGGUAACCAGAGUGUCACGAGCUUGAAUCAGGACUUAAGUGGUUCGAGAUUUAUGGCCACGGCACCACCGGGAAACGUCCAAUCACCAGGGGUUGAUUUGACUACGUCUCACUCUAUACCCAACUUGUUGCUAAAUCCGGGCACGAAUCCCCUCCCAAACAGCUCAGGGUCGCUAGGCUUUGCGAAUACACUAUGGUCUGAUAAUUCAUUACAGCACACCCGGACAUUAUCAGGUAACGCGAGCCAAAUAUGGCGCAAUGACAUCAUGAAUAGUAGCUUUAAUCUCAGUAGUGAAUUCCUGCCGUUUGAUAAGAAGGAGAAUAACGAACUGCAUCUCCACUAG